CUCUCUCUCUCUCUCUCUCUCUCUCUCUCUCUAUCUAUAAAGGUACCCAUGAUCACCUCACCACCAUUAACUACUGCUUCAACUGUCGAAAACUUUUUAAGAGUCAGACCCCUCCAACGCAUUACUUUGUCUUCCUUUCUAAAGUUAUUAUGAAACUGCAAGAUAGCUCUAGCAUACAUCAACAACAAGAAGAAGCAGCGCCAGCGGAAGAAGAUAUGUGUAGAAUUAUUGAAGUUGCCUCCGUCGUUGACCUCUCCCAUCUGGCGAUACCGCCUCCGUUCGCUGGUGAUGACCUGAGUCUUAUUCCACCCUUAAACUUCUCCAUGGUCGAUAAUGGUAUCUUCAGGUCUGGCUUUCCAGAUUCCGCCAACUUCUCCUUUCUCCAAAAUCUUCGUCUCCGCUCUAUCAUAUAUUUGUGUCCAGAGCAGUACCCAGACUCCAACAUGGAGUUUCUUAAGUCCAAUGGAAUCAGGCUUUUUCAGUUCGGGAUCGAAGGCCGUAAGGAGCCUUUUGUAAACAUCCCGGAGGAUAUGAUUCGUGAAGCACUCAAAAUUCUCCUUGAUGUCAGAAAUCAUCCCCUUUUAAUUCAUUGCAAACGUGGGAAGCACCGGACUGGUUGUCUUGUGGGAUGCUUGAGAAAACUGCAAAGGUGGUGCCUGACUUCUGUGUUUGAUGAGUACCAGCGAUUUGCAGCUGCCAAAGCUAGAGUUUCUGAUCAGAGGUUUAUGGAGUUGUUUGAUAUCUCUAGCUUGACGCAUGUACCAAUGUCAUUUUCUUACUUGAAGAGGUAGAGGGGCAAUUGUAUUUAAUGGCUUUUACGUUUUUUUCCAUUAGGGGAACGAGAGAAUCUGAGCUCCUGCAUCCUCUGGAAUAAAUAGGAAAAGAUGAUGAAUUCCAGGAUUGCGUUUCAGCAGCAGAGGAAUUAUUCUUCUUUUUUCCAUCAGUAUAAGAUUAAAACAGUGUAAAGAUUUUAGAUGAUGAUGAAUCCAAGCGGGGCGCGAUUGAAAUUUGCAGCCCUCUUUGUUUUUACGUAUAAUUUUAUGUAUCUUUUGAUCAUUGAAACGUGAUUCGAUAGCCUAGUGAUUCCAUUUCGA